AACACGUUCAGAACAGCUUUCCUCAAACUGGCAGGUCGCUAGACAAAGUUGGGCUAAUACCACAGUUUCCAUCAUCCCCAGAUGACAUGGUUCAUGGUUUGCUGGGUUGUGUCUCCUUCUCCCCAUCCCUCCCCCCCCCAUUUCCCAGGGCCUCUGCUUCUUGGUCUUCCUGCUGCUCACGGCCUCCGUGUCCGCCUACAUGGGGGCUGCGCUGCUGGAGGUUUUGGUGACGUUGGCAUUCCUUGGACUGCGAGCCACGCACUACUAUGAGCGCCUAACCCGGGUCAACUGGCCCUGCCUGGACUUCCUUCGCUGUGUUAGCGCUGCAAUUGUCUUCACUGUAGUGGCCUUUGCUGUGAUAGCGGCCAGUCACGAGGGGUCCGCUGUGUCAGCCUUUGUCUUCAGCCUUAUCGUUAUUGCCGUUUUCUGCUUUGAUGCCUAUAAAACCUACAGGGCAGAGAUGGGAUCGGAGCAGGAAUCCGAUCUUGGUUGAUUAAAUCUGUGUGCUUCUCCCCCCCCUUGUGGAAGAAAGCUACGCACAUGCAGGGGCAACAGCUGCCGGCGGCCCCUGCUGCUCCCUGACCCGCACGAGUCUCCCCUGCAGACGGUCUCCUAUCUGAUUAUGCUUCUCCAUCGAAAGCCCUCUCAUCUUCCUCCCGGUGCCUGGGGGGGCUGAUCCCCCCAAUCCUGUUCGUUGUGCGGGACCGAAGAGCCCCCUGGAAUCUGUGUCCCUCCAGAAGAGACCUUGUUGCCUGUUUUUUCUCUCCUCCAAACCCCCCCCCCUUUUAAAUGGAAUGACAUUGGGGACAUGUCAAUGCCGGUGUUGACUCCUGCAAUGAUGAUGAUGAUGAUUUUGUAUUUAACUUGCCGGGAGAGACGAGAUUAAAGGUGCUUUUAAUA